AUGAGUACACAGGAAUUUGCGCGUUUGUUGGCAGAGUAUGUCAUAAAGAGGCAACUACCGUCCGAUGAGCACGACACCGAUAAUGGGUCUGGCAGUUUCAGCGCUACAGUAUGGAGCGACAUAGAGAAAAUUUUCACAACACUCACUAACCAAUUAGGAGAAAUAAACGCCUACAAUACAGCUAUAUGUGAGCAGGCCUUCCCAGCAAGUACACAUAAGUCUCAGGCCAUCAGAGUAGUUUGUCGGCGCAUGGUUAACAUUUUUCUUUUCAUGGAUGGACUAGAUCGUGCCGGGAAAAAUUCUUGGGUGAAGAGGGAGGACAGGAUGGACGAAUGGACAUUUGAGAGGUAUAUAAGGUGUAUGAUGGGCAAUGUAGCUUUAAUAGAACUAUUCUGGAACAACUGCGCGCAAAAGGCAAUGGUGGAAACCGUUUCCAUGUACAUGCAUCCGUGGAGAGAAGCGACGAACUAUAACGAUAAUAGUAGGUGGUGCAAUGAUUUAGACUACAAUACACUAGUGGUGGGCACCAAAUAUGUGGGGCUAACCAUGGCAGAGUGGAUACGCAGUUGGAAACACGAGAAUCAGAAGGGACGCGUAGGGACAAAUAAGGCACGGAGGACAUGUGCGGCGGGAGGGACUCCGGGAACCGUGGAUAGUGCAGUCGCAGCGCAGGAUCGUACCCCUAUUGUUAGAAUAUUCCACGAAGGAGAGGCGGAUAAUGUACACAAGGCUGUGGAACAGGGGCAGACCUUUACGCAGGAUCAACGCGAUAAAUUAAUCGCAAGGCUAAAACAAGAACGAGCACGGGCAGACGGUUUUAAGAGCGUAGUAGAGAACGCAGGGCAACCUGCCUCCGCUAAACCCGCCCCGUCCAAACCGGUAGCACCGGAAGCAACGGAAACACCACAGGUACCGGCAGCCCAGCACAGCGGCGUCCACGACGGCAGUGGUAGCGACGACGACUAUGUAGCUACCACAACGAAGCAGGACGCACGCACACCACAAGCCGACAAACCUGCGGCUACCAAACCAGCAACCACAAAACCGGUAACAGGGGGAGGAGGAGACAAGAACGGGGCGAAGCCCUCGGCACCAUCAGCAGCAGGCACAUCAGGAACAGGAACAUCUUCCGGACAACCACGAUCAGAUUCCUCGGCUGGGGAAGGACAGCCGGCCGCAGCAGGAUCAGGAGCAGGCGGGCAAGGACCAGGUCAAGCACCAGGACCGGGACAACAACCCCCACCACCUCCACCACCACCAGAACCGGCACGUCCUGCAGCACCUAAAGGGGAACAGGGAGCAGCAUCCAGUACAGGAGGAUCCACAACACCCACAAACAAGUCAGGAGCGGAGGCGCAGACGCCACAGGCCACUGUUACCAAUAACGAGAAAGGAGAGACUCAAGGUAAGAAAGCUGAAUGUACCAAGCAUGUGACCGAGUCCCACGCAGGGCAAUCAGGCCGCGGGCAAUAUGCUGAUCCCAUUGAUGACUCCAGAGGAGGUACAGGUGGCUCCUCAGUAUCUUUCACUGUUGCCGUCACCACGCCCGAAUGUUCAGACACAGGUACGGAUAAUAAAUCAGGCGCGGGAGGACCAGCACCACCGGCAGCACCGGCGCAUGCGCAACCGGGACCCACUGAAUCAGUAUCUGCUACAGCGACAAGCACAUCAUCACCAGUACCAACAACCACAACAACAUCGUCCAGUGGAGCAGACGCGGCAUCCCCUGGUCCCCCUGGUCUCGCAGGUAAAGUUGGUGAAUCCGGCCCUUCUGGUCCCGGCUCCUCAGGACCUGGUUCUACUGGUCACCAAAAUCCUGGUUCCUCAGGCACUGGCUCAACUGGGGAUCACAAACCAGGUUCCUCAGGACCCGGUUCCACUGGACACACGAAUAAUGAGAAUGUUGAAGCAAAAGGAAACGAGGAGGAGAAAUUACCUGCGGAUGCACCCAUCACCCCUUCCCUGUUCCCGGAAUUAAAAUGGGAAGAUGUCAAGCCGUACACCCCCGCGAUCAUUCCCGCGGUGGUUGGUAUUGGCAUCAUUGCGUUCUUCCUCUGGAAGUACUUUGCGCACCUCGGCCACAAACGACGACGAACAUAUCGAACCGUUCGUGACGUGCCGUCACCGCCACUCGACGAAGAAAUAUUGGAGCAUCUACAACGCGGCGAACUGCCGCCACCCGAUUACGGGUACACGAUGGUUACGCCACCUGCGUCUGCUGCCGACCGCCGCGCACAACGCCCGCCACGCGUGCAUACGCGCACGAUCAUCGACCUACAUCUAGAAGUGCUCCACGAAUGUGAAGCGGCCGACUGGGAAAAUGUCAAAGACGACUAUUUGCAUAUACUCGUUGAAGAGUUUAUGGGGGACGGCAAUGGGCAUAGUAGUUCCUUGGAUGCUCCUAUCACAAACCAGGCUUUGUCACGGAACAAUGUUCCAUCCACUGAGUCCGACGGCAUAGAUCGAUGUCCACGUAACGACGAUAACCCCGAUCCUUGGAGUUAUAUGCAAACCAUACAGUUAGCAACGAACCCUUGUGCACCUAACGAAGAUAACCCCGAUCCAUGGAAUUGUAUGGAAACCAUACAGUUAGAUACAGAACCCGACCCGCACUCCUCCCCGCGGAAUGAAUGCCCGACCCCCGACCACACUUAUUGGAUGAACUGGAUUGACCGCAACAAGCACCUAGUGCAGGACUGCACGACGCAGCCGUGGUUUUUGCAAUUAAAAGCGGAUUGGAAACAAUAUUAUCAACAACAUUCGGCAAACGAGGAUAACGCAGCAUCCGGUGACCACAGGAAAGCCGCAACCAUGGAAAGCAAGAAGCACGCAUGGAAAGAAUGGGUCGCCAAACAACAUGCGCUUAUGCAUAUAUAUGGUGAGGACGAGUGGUUCCAUCAUUUGUUGGUCCACAUCCAGGAGGAGACAGUACCGGACAAAGGCGAAGUACCUAUAGCGGAAAAAGCCUUAGAACUGGACAAAGUAAUGGCCGCAGAAGAUGUUCUAAGAGUGACAGAUGUACCACGCACGCAACUGCAUCGGCAACUGUACCUCCACAAGCCGCUAAGCACUAAAAUAUGGAUACUGCUCUUGGCAUUAGUCAUAGAACAGUGCGAGCUCGAACGUCGUUUGCAGGAGACGGAGUUAUAUGUGGAUGACCUAUUGCAAACGUGUUAA